GCGUUAAUGGUCAUUUGGACGUCUUUCUCUUUUUUUCAUCCCUACAUUUAGUGCUGGAGGCAGAAGGCUCGAAGCAUCAUUCAGCAGAGCCCGGGAGAUUGAGAUAAGCUUGGCUGGAAAACGUGCGGCCUUCGUACAGAACGGGAACAGAACAGGAGCUUAUCGUGCACUUCUUAACACAGAGAUCUAUCAGCUGACCUCAUCAUGUUCGGCUGGGUCUCAGGGUUCUUCACCUAUGAGACGACCAAGUCUGUGGUGGUCAAGAGCUGGUCGGUGGGAAUCAUCAACCGCGUGGCUCAGCUCCUCAUUAUCAUUUACUUUGUUGGCUGGGUGUUUAUACAUGAGAAGGCCUACCAGGUGCGUGACACGGGGAUCGAGUCAGCAGUCAUGACUAAAGUAAAGGGCUUCGGCUUCCUCAACGACAAUCUGAUGGACGUGGCUGACUACGUGAUGCCCACACAGGGGGCCUCUGUGUUCUGCAUCAUCACAGCGAUGGUCAUUACAGCCAAUCAGACGCAGAGUAAAUGUCACGAGAUGGACCAGAAGUUUAAAUGCAAAAACGAUAGUGACUGUGAAAGUUUAACGUUCUCAAACUUGGCAAGUGGGAAGAUAACAGGAAAGUGUAUCGCUGAGGCUCAACGUUGUGAGAUUUUGGGCUGGUGUCCAGCAGAGAAUGACAUCCCGAUAGAACAUUCAAUGACGGAGGUUGAGGGCUUCACAAUCUUUAUAAAGAACAGCAUUCGCUUCCCUCUCUUUAAUGUAACAAGGGGAAAUAUUGGUGAAAAUUUAAAAACUUUAAGUUGUACGUAUGAUCCUGUUAAUAACCCAGACUGCCCGAUCUUCCGAGUGUCAGACAUACUAAUGUACGCCGGUGAGGAUUUCAGCAAUAUCUCAAAAAAAGGAGGAGAGAUUGGAAUUAAUAUAGCCUGGGUGUGCAACCUGGAUGAGCAUGUGGACAACUGCAAACCCACAUACAAAUUCACCCGUAUGGACUCUGCAUUUAAAAACAGCGUGGUCACAAAGGGAUACAAUUUCAGGUUUGCAAAAUACUUUAAGUCAGAAGAUGGUAAUGACUACCGCACACUUCAUAAAGCUUAUGCUAUUCGUUUUGACAUACUUGUGUCUGGAAAUGCUGGAAAAUUUCAUCUAAUCCCAACAGUAAUUAAUGUUGUUGCAGCUUGUACAUCAGUUGGCCUGGCAACGGUUCUGUGUGAUAUCAUCUUGUUAAACUUCCUCAAAGGAGCCAAACAGUACAAGGCGAAGAAAUUUGAAGAGGUUUCAGAUUCUGUCAGUAGGUCUCAAAGUCUUGACCUUCAUGAGUGCAGCCAGAAGACAAUCAAACGGGAAGAGAAGAGCUCUGAUGAUUCAGGAGCAUAUUCAAUCGGGCAUCAGGUAUGAGAGAAGGGACGUCUCGGCCAACAGGAGAUCGGAAAAGGCACUGAGAUUUAGUAUUCAAAACCUCAAAUCGCUUGGACCAAAGGACAUCUGGGUUACUGCUAGUGACAAUCUCAACAUAAUGAUGUACACAUUGUACACAUUAACCAAAUAGCAAAUUUACUGAAAUCAUUUUAUAAAGAAAUUCAGGAAAGUAAGCCAUAUUAUCAGCAUUCUAAAGCGUUUUGCAUUCAGGGACAUCAUUAACUGUAAAAUCCCAUGAAGUCUGGUGUAUUUAUAACCACAACCUAUUUUAAUUAUGAUCCAUUAUUCUAAUAGUUAUGCGCUAUAAUCAGUACAGACUCUAUCCAGUUCUGCUUUCAAACGUUCAUAAUUGAACAAUUCUGCGUAACUCGACCGAAUCGAAUUCACUGUAUUUUAAACUAUGCACUCAAGCCAUAUGCUACUAUCACAUAUAGUAGGCCAUGAAUCCCACUGUACUAUAGUAAGGAGUUAAUUCCUUUACGUGGUUCUCGCUCAUGAAACCCAAUAACUGCAUGUUCACUGUGGUGUAUUUACCAUAUUUAAACAUCCAGUCAGGCUAUUUAAUAUUUAAACCCUCAAACUCUUACUGUAUAUGUUGAGGAUUUAUUGAAGAACGUAGACUAUAGAAUAAAAAAAAAAAUCAUCCAGAUUUACCAUAUACAUAUAUGCCACACUAUAAACACUGUAUACGUAAAACACAAUGAAAAAAAAAAUCCCUGAAUAAUACAUUUCAAAAGUAAUAUAAACUUCAUGUUCAUCAUCCCUACAUUGGUUGUGUCGUGCAAUUUUUCAGUGUAAUCAGUAAUAAAAUGUCUUCAGCAUUACACAGUGUUUUAGUUAUAUAAUUAUUUCAAUUAAUGGCGUCAAUUACUGAAAACCUUUUCCUCUGUCUGAGUUAUUCCAUGCUUCAUUCUUGUACAUAUGUGUUUUCAGUAUUUAUUCUAAACUGUCAUUAUUAAAAACACAUAUGUUGGAUGCUUUGUAUUGCCAAAUCGUUGUGCUGUUAUGUUUCUGAAAGAGAAAAUAACUGUGGCAGCAAAUGUAGGUUAAGUGCAGAUACAAAACAUAUUAAACAUACAAUUUGUAACACCUUGCUUAUGUCUGUGACUCGUAUGUCUAUGAAUAGCCUAGAGCAUGAACUCUCGUAUUCUUAUAUUCCUACACAUUAAUGCCAGCAAUUAUGCAGCCAAUCAUGUGUCAGCAGCACAAUGGACAAAUCAUGCAAAUACAGAUCUUCAGUAUACUUCAGAGAAAAAUUUGAUCUCUUUGACUUUGACCACAAAUUGUUGUGGAGUCUAUAGUGCAUUUCCACUGCCUCAGAUUCCCAUACAUGAUCAAGAGGAGUGUAAUUAAAUGCAGCCUUUUGCAGUUUUACUGCAUCCACCUCAAGGUUUGAUGAGUUGUUCAUUUUUGUAUAGAGUGCAUAUUUGAGGAAAUAUAGACUUCCUCUCAGCUUGAAAUCUGUCAGUCUGGCUGUACAUUUUAAUAAGGUGUUUCCAUUCGCAGAACAACCCCUGAUUUGAUUGUUUUGUCCAAACUCUAGAGACCGUUGUGUCCAGUGGUGGAUGAAGUAUGUAUUUGAGUAAAAGUAGAGAUACACUAGGUAAAAUAUUUCUUCAGUAAAUGUUCUCCCUUUAAAUUUUCACUUGAGUAAAAGUACAAAAGUAUUUGCCCUUUAAAUUAGUACUUAAAUAUUCAAAUGACUAUGAUUUAUUAUAGCUAUAAUGUUCCUAUUAUCGUUUUUGGUUUUGUUUCUUAAUCAACUCAGUCUAUGUGAAAAGACUCUAACGUUACUCUUAGCACAACAAUCUAUUAAUAGAA